CCGCGACUCUACAAAACGACGAAAGAUCAUAUUUUAUGUUGUCUGAAAGUUCGGGGUAUGGCGUCGUUGACGAUAUUAGGGUAAAACUCACCCAAACUAGAACUUAGGUGAACACGCGAAUCGCCUACGCGUGUACUUGUUUCCGUUGGCGUUUUGCCACGCGGAGCAGCAACGGUGACACGAAACGAGCCAAUGAAGCAGGCAUCGAGUAAGCGCUAGUUAACCAGCUACUCGGUUUAACAUUUAAACGCGCCGCCUGAUCGCUGGCCCGCUCCUCUUACGAGGCGCACGCGUUUCACGCUUCUCGGUUAUAUUUGGUACGCGUGACCACGGUGAACGUGCAUGCGAACGUAGAACCGUGGAACACGUCGAGAACCACCACGAUUCCCCUUUUUUUUAUUACUCCUUCGUCUUCUUAUCUUCGCUCCACUAACUUUUUACUAUUAGCUCAUGCGGCUAGGAUGUUACUAAGAAAUUUUAAUGACGGUAGCACUGAAUCUUUAUAUGUAACAUUUUGUAACUGAAGAGUUAUAUGACUCUAAAUCUCUUUUUAUCUGUUUCUUUUACUAUGUUUCACUAUACUCAAGUUUAUCAUCAAGCAAUUAAUUAUUUUUCUUUUUUUAUGGGAAUAAAUAGUCGUGGUCUCUUCCGUAAUUUUUUUUUAAGACAAAUAAGAAGAGAUAUGAUAGAGGAGACGAAUGUGCCGCGAUGUGUGACUCCGCGUGAAAAUUUGCAGCUUCUAAAUCUAAUCUAGACACUACGAAAAGGUCGUAAAAAUUUAAUCGAGAACGAAUACGUAACAUUUUCCAUUUGGCUAUGGAAUUGAUCCAAAGUCCUAUAUUAACCUUUAUCAAUAACCACGAUCACCGAUAAAAGCGGACCAAUCUCUAUUUUAAAAAUUCCGAGAUGAACAACCGAGCUCCUUCCUUCUCUUAUCAGCUAGAUAAGCAUAGACCUGACGAUAAAAAAUCGUCGGGAGAAAAGCAGAUCAAAGUACGUCACUGUUUGAUCGCAUGCACAGAAGUCUCGUUCUUUCUCGGUGACGCGUUGAACUCAUGCUCUCGAUCUUACAAUUGAUCGAAUUCCUAGUUCAUAAUAAAACAGUCUCGGUGCCGGCCUUAGACUCCCUCAAGGCGUUUCGCCGUCCGAAACAUCGUGUCGUAAAACUUCGUCGAUCGAGCAUCGAACAGUUUCGAGCGAUUACCGCCGCGAGUAUUUUCGCGCGGAUUAUAACCCGUCGUGUUUAAACCGUGGACCUCUGACGAUGCACGAAGAGAGAGACGGCUUUCGGCGGUGCCAGGAAAGUUUUUGAAAAACGUGGGCGACUCGCGAACUACGACGUUAUUUCGUAGCGCGGAACGUAUUUAUACCGCUAUUUUGUGUGAACCCGCGACGACUUCGAUAUCAUCGAAUCUACGGCCUUGAAGACAAGAGGCAGCUACAUUUUAUUAAUAGUCCCACGAACUUCGCUACUAAUCUGCUGACGAUUGUACUAUGCUGUUUCGAGGCUUCGAGUUUGGGGUCGAUCGUUGGGAAAUAGCGGUUCCAAUUUUUGUUCUCAUUAUUUAGAGGAGGGAUGUAUUAGUGCAUCGGUUUAUAAAGUGUACGCAACGCUGGUUAUUAAUCAAGAUACGGUGUCAAAAUUUCAGAUAAGAAAUAACACUAAUACUCGACUAUAUUUCUAAAGAAUGUAUUAUAUAUAUUCGUAUGAUGAGUUAGUUUGUCGGUUAGAUGGUUGAGAAAUUAUGUCAAUGACGUUCGAUAUAUUGAUAACGAUCUCACAAUAGUCGGUUUGAAAUAUCUGCACUUUUUUUUAAGGUAGCUUAUCUGAUAUUAAUUCUCAUAUAUAUUCUUCUCUUUUGCUGCUUCCCUUCUUCAAUUUGGCGGUUCCACUCGACACAGGAUUCUGACGCGUAAUCGAAAUUCGUUUCACACUCAUAACAGUAAUCAGAUUUUCCCACAUUUCUAAUUACUGAUCGUUCUUCAACUGAUGAUAAACUUUAUCAUGCCAAGAUAGCUCUUGAUCUUCACUGAUUGCACUUCAACUUCAGAAUUCUGCCGAUGGUGCAACGAUCUCGUUCGGCACUGCGUAGCAUCCGACUUAUGAGCUGUUCUAAUUCCUCACGAUAUGUAUCCCCGGCAUCGGUGUAGAUCGGAAUUUAAUCGUGCGGGACUACGAAAGUUCUUGCUCUCGUUCGCACUACCUACGAUUUCGUAAUUUCUAUAUGUGUCAAGGUGCGCGCCGUUUAAACAGAGAAAGAGAGUCGACACCACGCACGCGUCCGCGAAAACGAGAUCCUCCCGUGCCUCCCGGUGAACCCCUUUCGUCGACGAUUCACCGUAAGCUUCAUCAACGACCUCUCCGUGCACCAGGAAGCAGACUACGUUGCCAAGACCCGAUCCUGAGCGUAGCGUGCUGAUCUCCAUCAUUCCGAAUAAGCUUUGGGACAAAUUUACGUAAUACUCUCUCGCACUCUCGAUCUUUCUUCUUCCCUUUUCCGUCGCGUCUCUCUCCCACCUCUUUCUCCGUCGUUUCUCUCGUCGUUCGCUUUCGAACGAAAGAAAGAGAGAACCCCGGGACGAAGGGAAAGAAGAGACCGCGGGAACGGUCGCUCGGAGCCGUGCUAGCUCACCACCGCUGCCCGGUAUUUUUAGUGCAAGAGUAUUUGGCGGGGAGCACCGAAUCGCCUCCUCGUCUUCGUGAACGGUCGACGUCGGCCGUCGUCUCCGUGACCGCCGUUUUGCUUGAUCGUGUGCCUCUCUUUAGUGCCGUCCUCGGCGUCCCUCUUGCGCGAUCGACUAUGCUCGCACCUCCGGGCGAGUGAUGCACCUGCGGAACCAGGGGCGCGUUGUCAUUGCCCGCUCGCUGGAUCAUUCGAAUCUCUCCAUUCUUCGUGCUAUUCUUUAUUCGCUUUAUAUACGUGCGUGAGAUUCCUCCAAUUUGUUUCGAUUUAUACGCCGCGCGAGGAGAAUCAGGUGAAAUCCGACGGAGCGACCUUGAAGAGGCUAUCUCGAUCAUAAUCGGUUCUGGGAAAACGUGGAAUAAUCUGUGACGUGUACAGAGAUCGUGCAAGAAGCGAUUCAAAGUGCGAAAACAAACAGGAUUAAGAGGAAGCUGCCGCGUGAAAUAAUAAGUUUGCCAAGUCGAUUUUAGCCAGAUCCAAGGUGGUGUCUCUUUUAGUAGCUUAAGGUCGUCCGAUCGAAGUUGAAGCAUCGUUACCAUCCGUUAACGCGCGGUUAAGUGUUCCCCACUCGGGGAUAAAAGAAUCGUUACUACCUUUCGAGGACCGCAGAUUGAUCUUUUAUGGACUGUGUGAUUAAUACAGACAUCAUUUAUGAUACUCAGUUGCUAUGAAUAAUAACAAACAAAAUUGGUCAUCGUAACACGUUUCACAUUGUCACGUAUAAUUUAUUAUAUUGACCGGUCGAUACGAAUGUCGUUACCGUUCGAUCGGGCGGGACGAUAGCUUUCUUGACACUAUGCAUAUUUGAAGCUGGGAUUCGGCAGGUGUCUCUUGUUUACAGAUAAAGCGUUUAAAGAUAUUGUAUAACGGAUGAUCUCGUAAAAACUAGUACUUUGGACUCCGUUCAGUCACCGGUCGUACGGCCAGCGGGAUAAAUCGAUCGAACCGCGCGAUCGUAUUGAUCAUUAUUUAUAAUGGCUGGGCAUUAUAAGUAAUGAGCUGUUAUUCAUUUGGUCCAUGACAGAUAUACUGAGUUGCGAUGUUCAUCUUCGCACCACGUGACAAUAUGUCGACGUCUCGUCAGGACUCGGCUGGCCGACGAAGUCGGUACGCGCGAUCCUCGACGACCACCAGCGUUACGCAGCUUCUCAGCGACUCGUGUUCGAAUCUCCUACAACGUCUGACCACCAGGGUACGCGGAAUGUCGACGGUGAACGAUAAUGUAGCCAGUAAAACGGCGGCGGCGAGGCGAUCGCCGAUCGGCAGUCGCCUGAACGGCACCCGCUACGAAGACAAGUACAGCAUUCUAGACAAGUAUUCGAGAAAGAAGCAGCAGGAUCAGGUCGAUCGCUCGACCAGAGAUUAUUUUCAUCGCACGCGCGAACGAGAUCACAGCUAUUAUCGACGCGAAGACAGUCCGUUCGUUCGCGACGAAAAGACUCUAGAACCUUCAAUGACCCGUACCGUGGUCAAGAGUCCGACCAGCGUGGUACUAUCCGAAAAAGCUUACCCUUACGUGAAGCCUUCGACGAUGAAGGAUUUCAAACGCGACAAAACGCCUGGCUAUCAUCGUAUAGACAAACAAGCUUUGUUAAACUCGGACACGUAUCGGAGGUACGGGAGACAUAAGUCCGGACACGCGGAGACGCGUACUCGCAAAGUGCGGCCGUACCGAAACGGCAAGAGCGAACAAUUGGAUUCAGUCGCCCUUAAGUUAUCUCGUUCCGGAAAAGAUGCUCUGGCGUCGAAGGAAGGAACCAAGAACGACGAUCCUGAUAAGACCCCAACCGGCAGUGUCACUAAGGAGAAUAACAACAACAAUAAUAACACGAUUCUCCAAGCGACCGACACCGACGAAACUGAUCCAGCGAUUUCAGAGAGAGCCGCCAAGCGAAAGGAGAUUCAGAGUUUGAUUUUGAAGUACGCCGCGAUGGAGGAGACGUACAGUGAACUGGCAGCGGGUGGCCAAGUGAAGAUGCGACCCAGCACCACGGACAUAAUCGCCAGGAAAUAUAGGAAAAACGAGCGGACGAACGCGUCGAAGAGUGCGUUGGACGCGAGUGUCGUUAAUAACAACCAACCAGACACGAUCCAGCUCGCGAUUAGCCCACGACCGCCCUCCGUCGAGGACGACGAAGACGGCCACCUUGUUUACCAAUCCGGCGACAUCCUGGCAAAUAGAUAUAAAGUACUGGCCACCCUAGGAGAGGGUACUUUUGGAAAAGUUGUCAAGGUUAAGGACUUGCAAAUGGAUCACGUGAUGGCGCUGAAAAUCAUCAAGAACGUAGAGAAGUACAGGGAAGCCGCAAAGCUCGAAAUAAACGCUUUAGAGAAAAUUGCGACCAAGGAUCCGGAAGGCCAACACUUGUGCGUGAAAAUGCUCGAUUGGUUCAAUUAUCACGGACACAUGUGCAUUGCCUUCGAGAUGCUUGGACUCAGCGUAUUUGAUUUCUUGAGGGAUAAUAAUUACCAGCCGUAUCCGUUGGAUCACGUCAGGCACAUUGGAUAUCAAUUGUGUUACGCCGUCAAAUUCUUACAUGACAACAAACUCACGCACACAGAUUUGAAACCCGAAAAUAUAUUGUUCGUAGAUUCCGAUUAUGAAAGCAUAUAUAAUAGCAAAAAGUUAUUCCUUCUUUUUAAGAGGAGGGACAUUAGGCGCGUAAAACGAACAGACAUCAGACUCAUCGAUUUCGGUAGUGCUACGUUCGAUCACGAACAUCACAGCACGAUCGUUAGCACAAGACAUUACAGAGCGCCUGAAGUAAUUUUAGAAUUAGGAUGGUCUCAACCUUGUGACGUAUGGUCGAUUGGCUGUAUUCUCUUUGAAUUGUACCUGGGUAUUACCUUAUUCCAAACACACGACAACCGCGAGCACUUAGCGAUGAUGGAGCGUAUACUUGGCAUAAUUCCACAUCGCAUGGCCCGCAAGACUAAGACUAAGUACUUCUACCACGGUAAAUUAGACUGGGAUGAGAAAAGCUCAGCCGGCAGAUAUGUACGAGACAAUUGUAAACCGUUACACCGUUGUAUACUGUCAGAUGACGAGGAACAUCGACAAUUAUUUGAUCUAAUCCAAAAAAUGUUGGAAUACGAACCGACCCAGAGGAUAACGUUGAAGGACGCGUUAACGCACCCCUUCUUUGAGGCGUUACCAGCGCAUCAAAGAUUGCCAGACCUCCGAGCGGCCGGCGAACCCCAACAGAGCCACGAACGAUCGCACUCUCUCUCACGAUGAAGCUAGGAAAGGGACCGACUUCCGUACUGGACAGACACUCCACUGUCGACGACGCUACUGCCGUAUGUUGCUAUUUUCGCAUCCUUGAGUCUCAUAAGACUAUGUCAUGUCGGCAACAACGUGAUUCGAUGACGUGAGCUGAUACUUAAACAAAUAGACGAAGCACAGGCGAAAUUGAAGAAUAUUAGGGAUGGAUACAUAAUUGAAUUCGAUAGACUUGAUAAAUGGAUCAGUCGAUUAAAUCGUAUCAGUUAGAUGAUGAUUAAAAGGAUAUGAUACAAAAAAUGAAAGCAGUAGUGCUCUGGUGUUGUGGAACUCGGACACGAUAUAUAGAUUAAAUUAUAAUUGAGAUCUUUGGAAUGGAAUACACGAAGUCGACGUUCUUAUCGCUGUAAAGAAUUUGUAGACAAGCGUAUAAUCUUUACGAAGUCCUUGUUACUGGCUCCUUUGAGGAAAGGUCCAGUGUGUCUGCUCAGUGUAGCGUAAUAGAGUCCCGUCACUGUACACAUUUUCUAAACACUCUUCUGUACAUUUUAUCCUUUAAUUUUAUUAUGAUGUUACAUGCAACAAAGUUUGAAGUAAAGAAGAAAAGGGUCGCAGUUUAUACUCUUGUUUGUUAUAGAUCGAUGACCACGGCGUGUUUAAUAGCAAGAAUCAGAAUUAGAGUUAAGAAACGAGUAAAUAUAUGCGUACGUGUUGACCUUAAUUAAGAUUGAUAAAAGGAGAAACUGAGAAUGAGAGAGAGAGAGAGAGAGGGAGGGAGUGUAUGAGUGAGAAAGUGUAGUAGACGCCAACUGAUCGUCGUAAAAUAUAACAUGUGUUUAGGUUUCAUAAACGACAAAAGUACAGAAUCAAUUUAUUUUAGACGAUGCUAACGUACUUCUGUUUCGACACUCUUGAUUUCACGAUUGAAACCGAUACGAGGUUUCUUUUAUCUUAAUUCGAUGUAUAAAUGAAUUUCAUUGCAUUGUCUUAAUCAUGUUACAGACAAUCAUGUGUGUUUUUAAUUUCAUUUAAACCAACGACAAAGCUGUUUGGAAAGAUGAUACGCACCGGAUUACUGUUUCCCAGAUGUUUUUUGCGUGCAUCGUAUAUGUUUUAAAAGCAGUACGAGCUUACCUAAAUAAAGAACGCCUCUGCUUUUAUUCUGUUCGAUAGAGGAAUAAAUUGUCGAGCGAAGCUCUUACCACUCACA